AAUUAAAUAAGCGCUCACAAGCUACUUCUUUCUUUGACUCUUCGUCAAUGAGCUACAUACAUUCAAGUUCUCUGCUCUGCUGCCAUUUCUUUCUUGAUGCGGCAUUGAUUUACAAGAACCUAAAGCCUACAUUUGUUGUCGGAGUAGAGAAAGACGAGGUGGUCUUGCAAGGACCUCCUCGACGCCAGUUUAUGGUCCGAGCUCUGUAGUCAUAGGUAGUCAUCAGGUAGUCAUAAGACGUUCUAUAAUCUUUAAAGCCCAAACUGAUACCCUA